ACAGAAAUCAUCUGCAUGUAAUUGCGAGUGGGUCGCCGUAUCUUUCGACCAUUCCCGAACCCUUUUCCAGGUGCUAAACACCAAAAAGCAACAAAAUAGAAUCUGUCUCACCAGAGCUGUCUCCUUUCUAUCUGUCUCUUUGUCCUCUCUCUUAUCUGCCCCUCUGACGACUCUCCCUAUCUAUCAGCAAUAGCGUUUUCUUUCUUUUUAAUUUGUAUGCGCACUUUUGCUGCUGUAGGACAGAGAGGAAGCAACAACAACAACAACAGCAGCAGCAGCGACACCAAAGGCGAGAGAAGCAAAAGCCGAAAAGAGAAUUAAGAAAGUUAAAGUUGAAGUACGAGAAAGAGACACCGCCAGCGGGCGGUCCAACGGUAACUUAACUUCAUUUACGUCUGAAAACGCAGUUGAAAUAAACGACUUCACGACGCUGGCGGAUUUUCUAAAAAAUUUCCAAUCCCUGUGGCUAACGAGCUGGCUCAGCUCCGGCAGCGGGAGGAGGCAGAAGAGCAGCAGCGGUGGCGAGGAUAAACGCUCCGUCAACGUUUACACGCUCCAGCAGCCGCAUAAAUUUCCGCUUCAAUUGGACGUGUACAGCGGUGGUAAUUGUAGCUUGGAUUGCCACCACCAACAGCAGCGGGAGCUGGACGGGAUCCAUCAUCCUUCACAGAAAUCAACACUUUCCGCCUCUGCCCAGAAACCGCUGCCCGGACGCCAGCUGUCGCAGAGCUGUGACGGCGCAGCAGCAGCAGCAGCAGCAGAAACCAAAUUUAUUGAAAGUUCAAUGUCCCAAACAAUGGACGACAUGGUCUAUCAGUGCAACUCCAUUUAUGUGCUUAAUGCCAGCUAUAAUGCAUAUGGGGACUUGGGCACAUAUGCGGCAACAAAGCGUGAAAUAAAUGGCAGCCAGGGCCGAGCAGCGGGAGGAGCGCCAGCGAAUCCAAUUGAGGCAACUUGCUCCACGAGUGCUGCGGGUGUGGGUGUGCAGCAUAAAUUCAAAACUUUUGGCAGUGCCACAACAGCGGCAGGGAGAACGGCCGCGAGAACGGGAACUGGUGGAGGAUGCGCUUCAAACUACGUAAAUCCUGUCGCUACAUCAAUGUCAACCACAAUGUGUUCACCGGCAGCAACGGCCCUGCAAAAACUGUUCAAUUGCAGUGUCGGCAAUGCCUGCCAAAAUGUCACCCACACUCACAGCAACAUCCACAACAACAACACUAUCCACAACAACAACACUAUCCACGAGAGCGUCCAUAACAAUGGCUGCCUGUCAGCAACUGGAGGAAGCCUGUGCGAAUUCACGCUCGAGAGCACAUCGGUAGCGGUGGCGGUGGCAAGUGCAAGUGGUGUAUGCCCCCCAGCAGGUGCUCCAGUCCACCCCACAGCCACCCAGCCGCUGCUGGCCAAGAAGAAAUGCACCAAUGUCAAAUCAACGCUUAUUGCCAAGAAGACAAAGUUUCUCAAAUUUCUCGAAGAAGAAAAAUGGCGGAGCGCUGCGGCAGCAGCCGCCCCAGUAGCGGAGGAUGACGGAGGAGAAGACAUCGGCAAUGAGGCGGAGCCCAGCUCAGCGGCCAGCACGUCGACAGCAUCAUCAUUUGUGGGCCACUCAGGCGUGCAAGGGCGGAACAACAAUGGCAGGCACUUGAAAAAUCAGAGCAACAGUCAGGAAGCUGGACCAGCCCCAACCAGAGCUGGAGGCGGAGGUGGAACUGGGACCGGGGCUGGGACUGGGGCUGGGGCCCGCCAGCAGAAUAAAUUGAACAAUUGGAGCAUGCAUAAUGAGGACAACAACAAACUGACCAACUACCCGCAGCUGGAGCAGCAGGAGCAGCAGCAGCAGGAGCAGCAGCAGCAGGGGGAGCAGCAAAAGCAGCAGCAACAUCAGAGUUCCAUGAAGGAGCAAACGCAAGCCAAAUCAAGUUACGAACUGUACCAGGAGGCAGCCGACAUUUUGGGCCUCAGUUGCAGCCUCUGUGAUAACUGCCGCUGCCUGGACUGUCAGAGCGGCUACUUUGAUUGCGAUGACGACGACGAGAGCUACUCGGAGCAGUCGCUGAUGGACGAUGAGUACGAGGACUACGACUACAGCGUGGAGGAGCUGCAGAUGCUGUUUGCCAGGGAACAUCAAUUGCGACAGGGGCCCGAGCAGACAUUGUGCUAUGCAGUGGACUGCCAGCAGAACUGCCACCUGCCCCAGGACGAAUCCCCAGGCACACCAGCAGCCCACCCAGAGCCAGAGCCCGUCGGGGUGUCCGGACACCAUCGUGUGGCCAUCGAUUUUGAUUUAAUUAACGCCACUUGCAGCCAAGUGUUGCAAAAUUGUGAAACAUUCAACGAUUUGAGUUUGCUGGAUGCCGCCGGGACCGAGCGUCCAUUUACGUAAAUUCAGGUGAGAGUGGGGCCAGCAUGCGGACGUAUUUUUGGGGGAAUUUUGUGAAUUUCGUAGAGCUAUUCCGGGUAUGAUAAGCGCAUUCUUUGACAUGUGAACACAUGCACGGGUGGGUUGUCAAAGCGUUGACAACCUUCCUUUCAUCUGGUAUUUUCAAAGAGCUUGGUCCAACUGCCACCUGCCACACAGUAACCAGAGAUCCUUCCAAGAACCCUACCGACUCCUACUAGGGGCUUAAAUCCGUUCUUUAAUAACAAUUUCUGAUUGUGAAGAGUUGAGGGGACCCCUCGAAGCGAGAGGAGAGUGAAAUAUGGUUGGCUGUUAUGCAAAAAUGAGCAAAUUGCAUUUUAUAGUCGUAUACGAGUAUCCCCAAAAAGGAAACAACAAUUGGAAAGAGCUGAAAUUUCAGCUGAGUUGGCAGAGCUCAGUGGGGCAUGGAAGCGGGCAUUUGGGGCUGUGGGAGUGGCACGUACCGGAUUUGGUUUGCGAACUGCCACCGCAACAGUGGCAAUGGUCGGUACUUGGUCAGUUUAUUGCAUUUAGUCAAGCUUAGUUGUUGUUUUCAUGGACGAUUGUUGCCAACAAAUGAAAGCCGCCAGGGGCUGACGGCGGAGAGGACGGCAAAUUUGAUUUUCCCGCAAAAACAGGCUGCAGGAAAUUUCACAUUUUCACAUAUUUGUUGAGGGCUCAAAGCAAUAUGCAAAACAUGCACUUUCUGUUAGUGUUUCAUCACUUUUUUUUCUGAGAAUGCUUGACCCUCCUCUCGCCGGCCUACAGUCCAAAGUGGAAGAGCGAGGGCAAAGGCAUAGCAAAAUAGCAAACUGGAAAAACGGCCAACGGUGAAAGCAACUUGAAUCGAAUUACAUUUAGAAAAUUAAAUUUAAAGAGCUCGCGGCAGCCAAAUCCCUGGGCAAGUGAAUAAUGACUGCUACAAGCGGAGGCAAUAAAGAGGCUGCUCGUCCGCACACUGAGCCUUCCACCGCCUAAGCCCCUCGAGGCCGACACGGCUGCUGCGUGUGAGAGGCUCCGAUAGAGCCUCUUUGUGGAUGUGUGCGGCUGUGUGUGUGAGAGUAUGCCAAGUGCAUUCGCCGUUGUUCAACCAUCCACCAGCAGCGCGAGCUCAGCGGCUGCUCAUGUUCUUGCUCUCCUUCUCCCACUGCUGGCCAGCUGCCAGGCCCACACACACUAAAUUCCGUUCGGAGAGACAAUGCACUAAAGAAGAUUCCAAAACAGCGAAAGGGCGAAAAAUAGCUGUCCUCCCCUCUCCUCUCGCAGUCUGCUUUUGACUGUAUGCUACUUAUGCAAGCCCUGGCCGCAGGGUCGCUUUAUUGAAAAAUCAUUUUACCUUAGAUUCUCGCAUGGCCAAUUGAGCACAUUACACACACACACCGAGACACACUCGAAUGCGCAUUUGGACAGAGGCAGCAGCUCCAGCAAAUGGUAUUUUACGCAACGACUGCAGGAACUGGGCGGGUUUGUGCCUGUGUGUGCUUUUUCGAUUUAACGGACGGGCAGUGGCCACAAAUUGAUUGCAAAAGUUAGUUUCGUAAAUCGCUCAAUGAAAGCCAGCCAAAUGCCGUCAUUGAGCUGUCGGGCGAGUGACAUGCAGCGAGACGGAAAACGAUCGAGUGAGAGGAUCCGUUACUCGCCUAUUCCGUUUGUAAUUUUACACUGAGAGUGAACCAGUCAGUGAGCGAACAGCGAGUAAGCCAUUUAUUACUUAUCCGUUACCUAUUUUGCUUGCCGUUUACAAAUAUAGAACAAAUUAAUGAUUGCUGCAGCAUUACAAUAAUCAAUCAAUCCAUUGAGUAUGCAAAGCUUAAGUGCUGCUGACCACUGUGCAGCUGCAAGUCCAAAUGCAAUAAUUCCCAUUAAGUUCCAAACCGCGCCACGCCCACAAGUUCCGCCUCCGCCCUCCACUGCCUAAUGAUGCUUGAUUUAAUUAAUGCCGCAUUACCUACGUGGCCAGAACGGGAGCAACCAGUCCGUGCUGUACCGCACCGCGCCGUACCCGUUUAGGCCCGAGGAUUGGGAGCACUGCCAGGGCCGGAUGGCAAUUGGAAACUGUUAACGUCUGCUGAGGGUGGGGAAAGGAGUAGCAGGGGGAGGAACCACAUUGCCAUUUGCUGAUGAUGAUAAUUUAUUGCCCCGAAGGGUUUUGCAAGGCUACCCACUCUUACUCGCUCUCUCGUUCUGCCUCGUUCUGCCUCUGUGCGACUCCUUAGAGGAAACGAUUUCCGCUUUGGGCCGCCCCGGGCGUGGGCAAAUAUUUGCAGUGGCUUUCUAUUCGUAUUUCCCCAGCCAGAGCAAACAAAUUGUUAACAAUAUUUAUUGUUUGUUCGAUGUUCGUCCGCUGGAUCGUUCUGCGGCUGUUGACAAUGAUGAAAUGGCAUCUUAUGGCCCCGUUCCGUCCCAGACUGAGCCACGCCCACUCCGUUGGCAAAAUCAGCGCAUGUUA